AUGUUCAUUAAUACACUUGUAGAAGGAAAAAUCUCAGUAAAAGCAUUAAUUGAUACAAUAUCUAAAUAUAAUACUAUUAGCAAACACUUAUUCGAUAAGCUUGAAUCUGAUUACGGAUUAGAAGGUAUAGUUGGUGAUGUUCUGAUAGGUGAAGAAAUAAAAGGCUUAGAUUUACAGUUUUGUAUUAAAAGAAAGUGGCAAAGUUUAGAUGGUAUGAGCAUCCUAUUAUUCAAUGAAGAUUUUAACAAAGCCAGCUCUACUAAAAAUAAUUUAUCUAAAUCAAUGGAAUCUAAACCUGGUCUAGCUCAAGAGGAG